AUGUUGGCGAAUAUAAGCGGGACCUUAGUGCAGGGAUUUCAUCAGGAUGGUCACUCGGUGAUGACGUCCGGUAAGAAAAUGGAGUCGAAAGGCACUCAAAUACACUUACCCCUCAUGGGGCGCGGGAGCCGCGGUGAGCUGAGCGACAAAGUCAUGUUCUCAGUCAAAUCACCCCCCGAACAGUUAAAUAAUGGACAGCUACUUGGAGGCUCACAAAUGAAUCUGUGCAAUGGCGGCACAGGUGCAAUAACAGGGCUCGUACCUAAGAUCCCCAAUGGCUAUGGGGACCAAAAGAAACCUAUGGCAUCACUCACUCAUUUACCGAAACGUCCUCCAGUCGACAUAGAAUUCUCGAACCUCUCCUACUCAGUCAGUGAAGGCAGGAAGAGAGGGUACAAAGCAUUGCUCAAAUGUAUCAAUGGGACGUUUCGAUCAAGCGAACUGACAGCUAUCAUGGGCCCCUCCGGCGCUGGGAAAAGUACUUUGAUGAAUAUCUUGGCGGGCUAUAAGACAUCAAACGUAAGCGGUUCAAUACUCAUAAAUGGUAAAGAAAGAAACCUGAGGCGAUUUCGCAAGUUGUCCUGCUACAUUAUGCAGGACGACUGUCUCCUACCACAUCUUACUGUACGAGAAGCUAUGCAUGUAUCUGCCAAUCUCAAACUUGGAAAAGACAUGACUGUUACCGCAAAGAAAAUUGUUAUCGAUGAAAUAUUAGAAAUGUUAGGCCUAGUAGAAGCCGGUGAUACACGAACGAUAAAUUUAUCUGGAGGGCAGAAGAAACGCUUGUCCAUAGCUUUAGAAUUAGUGAACAACCCUCCUGUGAUGUUUUUCGACGAGCCCACAUCUGGUUUGGAUAGUUCAUCGUGUUUCCAAUGUAUAUCGCUGCUGAAAUCUUUGGCUAGAGGCGGUAGAACGAUUAUAUGUACCAUACAUCAGCCGUCCGCGAGGCUGUUUGAGAUGUUCGACUUUUUAUACACGUUGGCUGAAGGGCAGUGUAUAUAUCAGGGGCCUGUCAGUGGUUUAGUGCCGUUCUUAUCAUAUAUGCAGCUUCAUUGUCCCAGUUAUCACAAUCCAGCUGACUAUGUGAUGGAGGUGGCGACCGGAGAGCAUGGCGAAUGGGUCCACAAGUUAGUUAUUGCGGUAAACAAAGGCAAUUGUGGCCGUGGACAGUCAUCAACGUCUUCAUCUUCAUCCUCCGUUCCUCAGAACUGCAAUUAUAAUAACCAGAGCAAGAAUAAUGUUAAGAAAGAAGCGCUUGAGAUUGUUAUAGAUAAACCAACCUGCACUGUGAUAGACAUGUCUGAACCAACAGUUAACAGCGAAAAACAGAGUGCCCUACCGAACUCAACGAAUCUAGCUCCCGUAACUUGCACCACGUCUCUCUUAGAUUCGAGCGAGAGUUUCACCAAAAAACCUCAAAAUGCCGGUUUCCCAACAUCAGGAUGGAAACAGUUUUGGAUCUUAUUGAAAAGGACCUUCAGGAGUAUCCUUCGCGAUCCAAUGUUGACUCAUUUGAGACUGUGUUCACAUACGGUUGUUGGGCUGUUAAUUGGAUUUUUGUAUUAUGACAUCGGGCAUGAUGCGGCGAAAGUUAUGAGCAAUGCUGGCUGUUUAUUCUUCACUGUGAUGUUCACUAUGUUCACGGCUAUGAUGCCUACAAUUCUUACAUUCCCAACUGAGAUGAGUGUGUUUGUGAGAGAGCAUUUAAAUUAUUGGUAUUCUUUGAAAGCUUUCUACUUUGCGAAAACUAUGGCUGACCUACCGUUUCAGAUUGUCUUCAGUGGCGUAUACGUGAUAAUAGUUUAUUUUAUGACGGGACAACCGAUGCAAACAGACAGAGUGUUAAUGUUUACUACUAUAAAUAUACUCACGGCCCUCGUAUCACAAUCACUGGGUUUGCUCAUUGGAGCCGCUAUGAAGGUAGAAACUGGAGUCUACUUAGGGCCAGUAACGACCAUACCUGUUGUCCUAUUCUCUGGUUUCUUUGUUAAUUUCAACGCUGUACCAAGUUAUCUUCAGUGGUUGACGUACCUUAGCUACGUGAGGUACGGCUUCGAGGGUGCAAUGCUUUCUGUCUACGGGUAUGGCAGGGAAAAGCUUCAUUGCUCCGAAGCUUACUGCCAUUUUAGAACACCUAGUCUAUUCCUCAAAGAAAUGUCGAUGGAUCAUGCCAACUUUUGGGUGGACGUGGGUGCAUUGAGCGCUUUCUUUGUAUUUAUUAGAGUAAUCUCCUAUUUAGUUUUAAGGUUUAAAUUGAAGAUGAUGCAG